AUGGACCUGAUGAGCUCUCGGUUUAAGUCCUUCACCUUCCGGUCGAGAUCCAAAAACAACAUUCAACAAUCCACUCCGCCGACUUCCUCGACGCCUCCUGCGCCCUCCAAUCCCUCCACCAGCACACUUGUCGCGCCUCCUGGUCCGGCGUCCACCACCUCUGUCAGUUCCGCGCCCUCGGGUCACAGUUCGUCGUCCAGCGCCAGUCUCCCUAUGAACAACAACCAGCUGGGCCGACCCCCCAGUUACUCCUACAACACCGCCCGGCCCACCAGCCCCCUUCCGCCCGGUCAACACCUCUCCCACCAACCCCCUCCCUUGAACACCAAUAUGCAGUAUCAACCCAACCCGCAACCCAUGGGCGCGCCGCCCGGCUACGGCAUGCAACAAGCCAUGGCACCGCACGGUGGGAUGGCUCCCGGAAUGCCCCAACCCCAGUACAUGCGCAACCCCGCAGUGGAGGUCGAAGGCGCCGGCCGGAGUAAAGCCCAACUUAUCGUCGGAAUCGAUUUUGGAACCACCUUCUCCGGAGUCGCCUUCGCCUUUGCGACCAACAAUGAGGCCCGCGAGGAUAUCAUUACUGAGUGGCCGGGUGCAGGAACCCACACCAAACAAAAGAUUCCCACCGUGUUAUACUACGACCAGUAUCAAAAAGUGGUCGGAUGGGGUCCGGAUAUCGCCGACGCUUUGGCCCCCACCGGCUAUCCCAAACAAGGGGUGCAGAAGGUCGAAUGGUUCAAACUGCAACUGAUGCUGUCGGGCAACACAUACAUCGACCCUAUCAACCUACCUCCUCUGCCACCAGGCAAGUCCGAGAUCGAUGUCGCCGCCGACUAUCUCUUCAAGCUGCGCCAGGCCAUGCGGGCGCAGCUGCAGAAGACCCUCGGCGAGGUCUUUACGAGAGAAGAGCGUAACAUCCGAUACUAUCUUACGGUACCAGCGAUCUGGAACGACGCCGGCAAGGCCGCCACGCGUGCGGCCGCCCUCCAAGCGGGAUUCUUGCGGGACGAGAACGACAACCGCCUCACCUUAAUCUCCGAGCCCGAAGCCGCGGCGCUCUUCUGCGCAAAGACCGGUCUGUUGAACCUCAAGGUCGGCGACGCCAUCCUCAUCGUCGACUGCGGCGGUGGAACCGUAGAUUUGAUCGCAUACGAGGUGGAGGAAGAACAGCCCUUCAGCGUCGCCGAAUGCACCGCAGGAUCCGGUGACUCGUGCGGUUCCACCGCGUUGAACCGCAACUUUAGCAACAUCCUCCGCGCGAAGAUCCGCAAGAUGAAGCUGCCUGACGGCUCGCGCACCGCCCGGAAAGGUGCCGACUUCCGCAACAACGGUUCCAAGUGGGCCGUGGAUGUGGGUAUCGAGGCCGACUUCCCCGACGCAGGCAUCGAGGAGGGCUAUAUGACGUUCACCAACGAGGAGAUCCUCCAAUGCUUCGAGCCGGUGGUCAACCGGAUCCUCGAGCUGGUGCGCAACCAGAUUAUCGCCAUUCAGGCACAAAACCGCUCGCUCCAGAAUGUUCUGGUUGUUGGUGGUUUCGGAGCAUCGGAAUAUCUCUUCCAGCAGAUCAAGCUCCAUGUUCCCCCGCAGUAUCAGACCAAGGUCGUCCGCCCGAUGGACUCGGUCGCCGCGAUCGUCAAGGGCGCCGUCACCGCCGGUAUCACCGAGCGGGUCAUCACGCACCGUGUUGCGCGUCGGCACUACCUCAUGGCCACCUUGCAGCCUUUUAAGGAAGGCUACCACCCGGAGCAGUACCGUGUGCCGAGUCUGGACGGGCGAGACCGGUGCAAAUACACACGGCAGAUCUUCGUGCAGAAGGGUGAGCGCGUGCGCAUCGGUGAGCCCGUCAAGGUCAGCUUUUUCCGACAGGUCGCGCCCGGCGCGACCCUCAUGUACGAGGAUAUCCUGUACGCGUGUGAUGAGGAUGUCUGUCCCGAGUACACGAAAGAUCCACGUAUCAAGGAAGUCGUGACGCUUACGUCGGACCUCUCCCGCAAGAACCUCGAGACCGAUUUUGAGCGCAUGGAUACGCCACAGGGAACCUUCUACCGAGUAUACUUUGACAUCUAUCUCACGCUAGACGGUAGCGAGUUCAGCGCCGAACUGGUCUGCCAGGGCGAGGUCAUGGGCCGGUGUCGGGCCAAGUUCCGGUGA